AUGAAGAUUCCUUCCCUUUUACUCUUCCCCCCCACCUCUACCCCAUCCCCCACGCCUCCCUUGCCUCUCCCUUCCUCUCUGGACUUUCCUUAUCCCCCAUCCCCUGUCCCUACACCACAACCCCUUACUGCCCCUCUUGCCGACCCAUCCACCUCUCCCUCCACGGCUCCUCCUCCUCCUCCUCCUCUUAAUGACACCUUCCCUGACCACUCUGCUCCCUCUCCCGAUAUCCCAUCUAGUUCACCCCCGGACCCCAACCCCUCCUCGCUCCCACCUCCUUCUCAACCUUUCCCCGCCCCCCGCAUUUCUUCCCGCACCCGUACAUCCCCAUCCUAUUUAAAGGACUACGUUUGCUCGCAGGUGAUUCUGCCGCCACACCAAUCCUCGACUUCGCGGCCCAGUUCUCCACCUGGUAUUGAUUAUCAUGACACUUUUUCCCCUACUGCUAAGAUGAUUACUGUGCGUUGUCUUCUUGCUCUUGCUGCUAGUCAGUCUUGGUCUCUUCAUCAUCUCGAUGUUAAUAAUGCCUUUUUGCACGGUGAUUUACAUGAGGAAAUUUAUAUGUCUCCUCCUCCUGGUCUUCGGCGACAGGGGGAGAAUCUUGUGUGUCGCCUUCAUAAAUCUCUAUAUGGUCUCAAGCAGGCUUCUCGCCAAUGGUUUGCUAAAUUCACUACUGCCAUUCUUUCCGCUGAAUUCCAACAAUCAAAAGCUGACUAUUCAUUGUUCACCAGAAAGUCCGGUACUUCUUUCACAACCUUACUCAUUUAUGUGGACGAUAUUGUGAUUACAGGGAAUGACGUCAGGGCCAUUGAUUCUCUGAAGUCUUUUCUUCUCCGUGACCACUUUCGGAUAAAAGACCUUGGGGAACUAAAAUAUUUUUUGGGUAUCGAGGUUUCUCGCUCUCAACUUGGAAUUUAUAUUUCACAGCGAAAGUAUGCAUUGGAGAUUCUCAAGGAUUAUGGUUUUCUGGGUGCACGGCCCAUUGCUUUUCCCAUGGAUGACACAAAAUUAUCUGAUCGAGGAGAACUUCUCAAGGAUCCUGAAAAGUAUCGGCGCUUAGUAGGACGGUUGAUUUAUCUCACCAUAACUCGGCCAGAUAUCACAUAUUCCGUGCAUGUUUUGAGUCGGUUUAUGCAUGAGCCCCGUGUUCCUCAUAUGGAUGUUGCGCUUCGUGUUGUUCGUUAUUUGAAAUCAACUCCAGGUCAAGGCUUAUUAUUUCGUUCUGACAACCAGACUAAGUUAGCUGCAUUUUGCGACUCUGACUGGGCCGGUUGUCCUAUCACUCGUCGUUCGACUACUGGGUAUUGUGUAUUCUUGGGAAAUUCUCUGAUUUCGUGGCGAACAAAGCGACAGAAAACUGUGUCGCUUUCUUCAGCUGAGGCAGAAUAUAGGGCAAUGGCAGGUGCUUGUUGUGAGUUAGUUUGGCUUCGUUUUUUGUUGAAGGAUUUGAAUAUUCCUUUGGAAGGUCCUUCUGUUUUAUUUUGUGAUAAUCAAGCUGCAUUGCAUAUAGCCGCGAAUCCUGUUUUUCAUGAAAGAACUCGUCACAUUGAGAUGGAUUGUCAUUUUAUACGCGAUAAGAUUGCAGAUGGAACCGUAGCGACAGAUUAUGUGCGUACGACACACCAGUUGGCAGAUUUGUUCACUAAGCCCCUUGGGAAGGACAAGUUUUCAACUUUGAUACGCAAGUUGGGUGUUCUUGACAUUCACUCUCCAACUUGA